UGCGCAUGCGCCAGGCGGUCGACGCUGUGCGUGCUGAAUGUCCGGGCUGCGGGCGCUGCUGGGGUUCGGGCUGCUGGUUGCGGGCUCGCGCCUGCCCAGGAUCGCGAGCCGGCAAAGUGUGUGCCGGGCCGGGCCUACCUGGUGGGGACCGCAGCGCCGGGCUUCAGAGACCAUGGCGAGCGCCACCGUGAAGUACCUGAGCCAGGAGGAGGCUCGGGCCGUGGACGAGGAGCUAUUUAACGAAUACCAGUUCAGUGUGGAUCAACUCAUGGAGCUGGCCGGGCUGAGCUGUGCCACGGCCAUUGCCAAGGCUUAUCCCCCCACGUCCAUGUCCAAGAGCCCCCCUACUGUUUUGGUCAUCUGUGGUCCCGGGAAUAACGGAGGUGACGGCCUGGUCUGUGCGCGACACCUCAAACUUUUUGGUUACCAGCCAACUAUCUAUUACCCCAAAAGACCUAACAAACCGCUCUUCACUGGGCUAGUGACUCAGUGUCAGAAGAUGGACAUUCCUUUUCUUGGUGAAAUGCCCCCAGAGCCCAUGAUGGUUGAUGCGCUGUAUGAGCUGGUAGUGGAUGCCAUCUUUGGCUUCAGCUUCAAGGGUGAUGUUCGGGAGCCAUUCCAUAGCAUCCUGAGUGUCCUGAGUGGACUCACUGUGCCCAUUGCUAGCAUCGACAUUCCCUCAGGAUGGGAUGUAGAGAAGGGAAAUCCUGGUGGAAUCCAACCAGACUUACUCAUCUCACUGACAGCACCCAAGAUGUCUGCAGCCAACUUUACUGGCCGAUACCAUUACCUGGGGGGUCGUUUUGUACCACCUGCUCUGGAAAAGAAGUACCAGCUGAACCUGCCAUCCUACCCGGACACAGAGUGUGUCUACCGUCUACACUAAGGGAGGUGGGCGGCCAGGUUUCUUAAUAAAGACUUGUUACCCUCUCUCUUGAAA